UCGGGACGUGACAACGCUACAUGUAAAACUCUUUCGAGCCUUGCUUCUGCAGCGACUUAGGUGAUGAUAUUAAGUUGCGACUAAGCUUAAGCCAUAUAACCAUCACGCUAACCGGCCCGAGUUUGAAUCGAAUAUAAUUGGACCGGUCCUGAUUGCCUGAUUAGGGUUAAGACAAAAGGCCGAGCGACUAUUGGGCGGGGGAGCGGAUCAGCAGGACCACUGGAUAGCCGAGGGAGGGGAGGGAGAGAGAGAGAGCAGAAGGCGAGGGACUCCCGGUGAAGUCUCUGCACGAGACGGCCAGGCACGUGGUGAGGGUGGAGCUCAAGAGCGGCGUGCUCUAUUGGGGAAUCAUGAUCGAGGGCGAGGACAACUGGAACUGCCAGCUCUGGAAUAUCAUUUGCACCGCCAAGGUCCUCUUUUUUUAACUCUGCUACCCCGAUAGAUCUUCUCUUUCCCUCUUUGGUUUUGAUCUACUGUCGUCGUUCGUCUCCAAGAUCGCAAUGUUCAUGUUUUAAGACGCAUGUCUGCAUGUGAUGACAGUAAUUGAUCUCAAAUAGUUCAUGUGUUUCUAUGGCUUCAAUACGUUAGGAGUUACUGUAAAUGUUCUUUUUUGUUGGUUGAGUUGUGAUGGGAAGGGAAAGUGUCACGACUGGAGUAUGUUUUUGUCCGACGAAGCUAAGUAAGGUUAAUGGUGCUGAAGAAUGUUCAAGCGUGGGAUCACAAUGUUCAAGCGUCUUGAUGCGAGAAUUAGAGUGAGAUAGGUGUUGCCUAUCAUAGUCUUCUUGUUUUCCUCCUUAAAUUCUUAAGUUACAUGAUUACGAUUACUUCUUCAUUGAGGGCAAAGGAUCAACAAGAGCCUAGCUGCUUCUUGGUGCCAACAAGAGAGCCAAGAGCCUAACUGCUGGGAGCUAUGACUUGUGUGUUGAAGAUCAAGGCCGGCAUGCUGCCCAAUUGUUGUGUGUCAACAAUCAUGAACGUUGAUAUCCAUGUUGAUGAAAAGAAAAGAAAAGAGGACUCGAAAGCAAUACCUUCCAUGGGCAUUUGUCUCUGCAGGCUUCUGGCCAACAAAUAUGGAGGCAUCUUGACUACUAUCAGUGCGCAUAAGAUGAUGAUAGGUCAAUGUGCUGCAACCUCAAAGGUCUGGGAUUCACUACUGCAAGAGUUGUGCUGCGCCCUCAGAUGUUCUCUCCAGGUGGUAAUUCUGGAAGCUUAGGAGAAGUUCCAAGCACCCUUUCCAUGUCAAAGCGGACUUCAAUAUUACGAAUGCUAUAGCCAACUACCAUCAUCCAAAAAAGCAGAUUGGCAAGUUGAGAAGCGCUUGUUUCUGUCAUCGACGUCUACGGCAAUAAUAAACAGUUACUUGAGUAUCACUCUAUAAAACAUCACUGAAGUUACUGACAUAAGAUUCAUCAUGAUGAUAAGACCUUAAAACAUGCUUAUAUCAUGAUGCUUCUAUUGUUUCGAUAGGUAUAAGUGGAAUUCCAUCUUUGCCACAGUUA